CAGGGAUAUAACUUGACAACCUGCGGAGUUUGUUAUUUCUGAAUCAUGCCUUUUUGCAAGCGGACGAUACUUCCGAAAGAUGUGUGCAAGCCAGACGGCGGGAGGCUGCGGGAGGCGCGUCCGCGGCAGCAGGCGGAGGUUUUCGGGGACUUGGUGGACGUGUGCGGCUUCACCCUGUGCUCGGUGCUCCGGCAGCUCUCGGAUCUGUCCCGACACUCGGUGAGCAUCCUGGAGGAGCUGGAGGGCGAGCUGGUGUCUGUGUGCCACCGGUCCGGCGCGCUGGAGGGCAGAGUGGUCCGGCUGCAGAGGCACGUCGCGGAUCUGGCCAGCAAGCCUCCGCCGAGAACCACCAGCGGUCUAGAGGCGGAGGGCGGCAGGCGCGGCGGUAGCAGCAGCAGCAGCCACGGCGACGGCAACCACAGCAGCAUCAGCGGCGGAGGAGGCAGCAGCAGCAGCGGCGGCGCGGCCCACUUCAGGUCUCCAUGGCAACAGAGCGUGAACGUGUUCGGCUCGUGGAGCAGGCCGGAGUGUGUCGAGGAGCUGCACCAGCAGGCGCAGCUCAACCUCCAGAGCCUGCUGCAAGACUUUGAGGAGCAGUUGUACGACACAAAGCUGACCGGUCAGACAUUCCGGCAUCCGUCCUCGCAGAGCUCUGACGACACGUCCACCUCGCUCAGCCGAUCGCCCAUCUCCCUCGGCAACAAGAGACCUGACUUCAUCUUCCUGCCGGCGUCCAAACAGCUCUACGAAGAUGAAACCACCUCCUCAGUGUUCGGACUGAGGUCCGUGACCGACCCGUCUCCCUCCCCGACCCCGUCGCCCUGCGGCUCGGAUCGCCCCCCGCUGGGCUGGAGUAGCAACAACAGCAGCAGCAGCACCACCACCUCUGCUACCAUCGGACCACCUGUCGCAGAAAAACCGCGCUGGCACCUCGGGAGACGCACGCCGGGUCACUUUAUACCGCUCGACGUCACAGGUGAAGGGGGAGGAGGGAAAUUCCACGGCGUCGACCUCCUCCAGCACUCCCCGUCCCCAUCCCCCUCUCCGGGGGACCCCUUCCCCCACCAGCCCCGCUCCCUGGAACCUGUCACGGACACCUUCCACCAGAACCUCCCCCUGAGGAAGACACACUCUGACCUCGACGCAACCUUACCUGCAGAUAACACUUUGGAGCAGCGUGACCGGGACCGACUCCAUCCAGAAGCUAUGGACCACUCUGGGCUGCUGUGCUCAAACACGCCCUCCGCUUCCUGGAACGGACCUAAGGGCUCCACCUUUUCUCCCGCAGCGUGGAACGAGCCUUACAAUUACAGCAUGAACAAAGGCCCAGCGGUUCCACCCAAACAGCACAGCAUCAUCGGCAACGCGGGGGGUUCGCAGGACGGGGUGAUGUUGGUCAGCUCCGGACAGUCGGGGAGCUCACAUUCCAGUUCAUUCGCAUCAUCGACAAACCUCCCCGGGAGAGGAGGGAGUAACAUGCCGGGGAUUUCACUGGCAGUGGCGAUGGGGGAGAAGCGGAGUGAGACCGAAGGAGCUGCAGCAGAUGGAGGGAGAGGAGGAGGAGGGGGAGUUGGGGAGGCAACGAGAGGGCGGGAGAGGUCGGCACGUUCCAUAGCAGCGGCGAACGCCUUCAAGUUCCGGGAGCGCUCCCUUUCCACACCCACAGAUUCUGGUUCCUUCUGCUUUACAGAAAGUGGUUUAGGCCAGCCAGAUGGGAAUGUCUUGUCUACAGGGAACGGGAACGCCAUGGCAAUAACAGACCACCAACAGCAACAUCAUAACUUCCUGGGUUUGGGUGAGAACUACGCCCUUCUCUACCCAAGAGGGAGCUCCGAAGACAGUGCCAGUACCACAGACACAAUCUCCGUCACAGCUUCAGACUACAGCGGUGAUGGUCGCUUGCGCCUACGCUCCCGUUCCAUCUCGCUUAAGAAAUCCAAACGGAAGCCGCCACCUCCUGUGAGGAGCGUCUCUCUCAUGAAGAACCUUGGAGAAGCCGAGGGGAGAAUCCACCAUGAAGGUGGUCUUUACCGGGAUGGCCGGCCAAAGAGUCUGCACAUCCCCCGGGACCAUUUCCCAGACUUCCAGCCUGAUUUCCUCCUGCCCAGCUCGUCCUACUCCUCUAAACCCAGUGUUGGUGAGCGGGAGGUGGGUCAUGGAGGCCCUGAUGGUCCUCCAAGCCUGGAGGUCCAGGCACCAGACAGGGAAGGAGAGACAGAGCUGACCUUCCCCACUCACUGGCAGCUGGGGGAGUGGAAGAAUGACCCUUACAGGUCUCUAUCAGGCUCCAGCACAGCAACAGGUACCACAGUGAUUGAAUGUAUGAAAGUCAGAGGCAGCUCGGAGUCCCUCCUUGAUUCUCCCUCCACCUCCAGAGCCACCUCACCCUCACAGCUCUCCAUGGAAACAGACAUCAAAGCAUCCUCGCCCUUCAAACCCCCAGGACUUAUGUCUCCAUCAAGUGGCUAUUCCAGUCAGUCAGAGACUCCCACCCCAACUGUUCCACUCAGUCAUAUGGCAGGUCAGGGGACAGCAGGGACAACAGGGACACUAGGAACAUCAGGGUGUAAGUUGCGCCCAAAGAUCCCAGAAAGGAAAUCGUCGCUACCAUCACCCAAGGACCCGGCUGCGAGGUCUAGAUUGUCCUUUGAGAUGCCUGGGAAUGCACAUCUGGAGCUGUCAUCAAUCAAGCCAAAGCAAAAGGCCAGCCGACGGCAUUCUGACACCUCGACAGCGGCAAAACCGGGAAAAAUCAGCCCCAAUUCGUCACAGGCAUUGCCCGUGGUUACCCAGAAUGAGCUGAAGACGAUUCGGCUUCGCUCUGUCUCACGUGGUGACUUUGAAGACUGCCCUGAUGGGGCCUCUGACACCAUCGAAGAAGAACAGCAUGGCCGGGACCUAGGCGAGGAUCCCAGCCCGCCUCCCACCCUACCAAAACCAAAACCACCUGUCGCUGUCAAGCCCCCGUUGCCCAAGCGGCCCCUAAACCUGCUCCUCAAGUCUCCUUCCCCAUCCUCCACCUCCCCCCUAGCCCUCGACUCACCUCCUGCCUCACCUGUGGACCGACCCGUGCCUCUAGGCAACAUCUACAAAGUCAUGAAGAAACCCAAACCCAAGAAACCUCCACCACAAACUCCAACAAGUCCCUCUGUUCUCCCAGAUGCUACCAUGGCUCCACAGACUGCCUAUGAUCAUCCAUUCCUCCCCCACUCCCAGUCCCUCUUUGAUCUCCCUCCUCUUCCAGAUCCCCAACCUCUCCUAGAAGACCCAGUGAUGGAGCCUGAAUUUGGCGCAGACACAGAGAUCCGUCUUGGUCCUGAGGACGGAGGCUCGCUCCCUUCUCCCUGCAGUAACCAGGAGGCUCCAGAGCUCCAGGACAAGAGCAAAACCCUCCCCUCAAGGAUGACAAUCUCCUGUCUGGCAGAGCUGUCGGACAAAAAGAAACCCAAGGUUCCACCUCCAGUCCCCAAGAAGCCGAAUGUCCUGCUUCUUCCCACAUCAGUCCACUCCUCCACCAAUGGCAGCGCAGAACGGCAGACACCACAGGCCGACAGCCCCGUGGGCCUUCGGUCUCCUGUGAGCACAUUCUCACCAGAGGAGUUUCCCAGUGCUCCCAGUGUUCCUGAUAUGCCAGAGCACGACGAGAACCACUUGGGAACAGACGAGGAGAGUUCAAAAGAGUCGUCACUUCAGUCAUCUCUGCAGGAUUCCUCCCUCACAGAACUGGGAGAGAAAAUGGCCAGCGCAGGGAUUGGAGAAGAUGACUCGGCAGCCAAUGAGAAGACGGUACUCCACAUUGCUGAGGAAACAGAUGACGACUUACUGGCCAGCACGCCUGCGACACACACCACCGAAGACCUGUUCACUAUUAUUCACAGGUCCAAGCGAAAGGUUCUAGGCCGUAAGGAGCCGUCAGACUCCUUCGGCAGCCGCCAGAGCCUGGUGUCCCCGGUGAAGCACAGCACCAGUGGCAGCGACCUCCGAAAUCUGACCUUAGGCAGCAGUCAGAGGUCGAGCUCCCGCAAUGAGAACUUCAUGGCCCUGCUUCAGAAGAAAGGCAGCAAGUCUUCCAGCGGAGGAGCCAGAGUCUCUGCCAUGGAGCUUCUCAAAAGCACAAACCCUCUGGCGCGACGGGUCACAGAGUUUUCAACCACCUCGUCGACGACCGGCGAGGGAGGGGACGCAGCGUCCGGGAAUGGCAAACCCAACGAUCAAUGAACGGAAGUACUGUAAACAGAUGUUAGCCAGAUCCGUUUGCUGUUGACAAAGCUACCAACCAAUUCUACAAUGUGCCACCCACUGCAGAUGGGGCCCUCUGACUAACAUGUCCAGCUGGAUCGCUCCAACUACUGAUUGACCAUUUGCACCGUCCAAUCGAAUUGGAGAAUAUUUUUGGACAAAAUGGUCCCUCCCAUGGUUGAAGCGCUAUUGUUCCCAGUCAAACCGCUCCCUCUAGGAAAGUGAGAAAUCUGUGGAGAGCAAAGUUUGUACAAUUAUCAAUGAAAGGUGGAGGUUUCAAGGCUACGCUUCAACACUGCACCGUGUUUUCCCUCGUUGGGGAUAUGCUCAGUGUGGAGGCUGGACGGAUAGAUGGAUGGGUGGAGCAGAUACCAGGAAUAUAAGGAUAUACAGUGGAUAUCUUUGCUCCUGUCUCCUUCUGGAUGAACACAUCAAGAGUCCCUGAUGACGACAGUGGUCAAUGUAUAUGAAUCUGUAACCAGAGUACUGAUCCACUGGGACACCACAGAGGACCACUAAUCAAACGAAUCCAUGAAAUAAAUGGAGUAACAUACAGAAGAUGCAAAACUUCAAAAUGAUUCAACCAAAAUCCUCCAACCAGUGGCACUACAUCACCGACACCUGCGGACCUACACGAAAUGAAGGGUAAAUAAUUAACGCUGUGAUGAGGCACCUGAGGAAGCAAACGUGCCCAAAACCUUGGACUGUGUCUCCUGCAGCACCACAGCAGGCAUCGGCACCGCCAUCCUCAGAACACGAUAUUCUGAUUCAAGCGGACGAAGCGCAGGAUUUACAAAGAGGAACCACGUGGGGGCUUUUUGCCACCAAAGACGAGGACCUUCACGAAACAUUCCACAGAAGCACCCGGCGAUCGGACGACAUUUUGGAACACAAGCACUUUUCUUUUUCCUUGGCGUCGGAGGUCGUUUACAUGACGCAGCCUUUGCGUUUCGAGACACUCGUCAAUCAUUAUUUUUUCAGCCUUUGUUUAGAUUUUUUUUCCUACACAUGCUAGAUGGCCAUACAUGUCUAACUGGAUUGUACUGUACGCAUCAUGUACAAAGAUAAAUGUAACGCAUCUAUCGACGAAUAUCAUUUACGGACACAAAGACUAAAAAUAGUGUACAGAGCAGCAAGCAGCUUGGACUACAAACUGCCCACACGGUGGAGGGAAAACACACACUCAAACACACACACACACACACACAGAUGAAGGAGUAAUGCCAUGGAAGACAAACAGACCUAUCUACACAAGUGUGUGUGUGUUCAUACGAGUGUGUGUGCAGAUGAAAUCUUGCCUGUGGAGUUUCUGUACGGAGAGCAUGAAGCAGGCCUGGUUAUUAAACAGGGUUUUUAUUCAUUUUGGUCUCUGGUGACGGGACCAAAGGACUGUUAAAAACAGACCAGAGGGGACCUAACGGUGUGUGUGUGUGUGUGUGUGCGUGCGUGCGUGUGUGUGUGUGUGUUCAUAUGUGUGAAUAGAGGGAAGUGCCAAGAACAACGUGGGAGAGAGAGGAAAGAGAGAGCGGGAGUGUGCGUACAUGUCUUUAUUUGUUUGGCAGUUUCGUGCAUGUGUCCUCACUACAUGUGCACAUUUGGACUCGCACAUAUUUGUGUUUGUGUGUGUGUGUGUGUGUGUGUGUGCGUGUGCAUCACCCCCCCAGCAUAAGAAGCCCCCCCCCCGCCUACACAUUACAGAAUCAUAAAGAUUCUGGAACCCAAAGGGAUUCUGGAACCAGUAGGAUUAUGGAUUCAAGAGGACGUUGGGAACCAGUGGAUUAUAGAGGCAAAAGGACUCCGGAACCCGGCGGAUGCUGGAAUGACGGGCGGAGUCUGGAAUCCUGGAACGAGGGAGCCUCCUGACACCAGAGCCCCGCCAGGCCAUCACAGCCCCGGACGGAGACUCUGAGACUGUCUGCAGUGACGCUUCGGGGCCCGAGUGCUUUGUUUUUCCCUCCUCCGUGCACGUUUUCACACUCUGUCUCUUUUGUCUCAGAGGGGAGGUGGCGGCCCGCGUCACCCUCCUCCACUCGUUCCUCUCCUCCUCCUUUCAUCGCUGCCGGAGCACACACUCCAUCUGUCUCUCUGCAUACGGCAUCAUCCCUCUUUCUCUCUCCUGCAACCUCCCUUCGAGCACAUACAGUAGCACACUCUCUCUUUCUUCCUCUGGAUACCGCAGCCUCUCUCCGUUUUCGCACGUAGCAUCGCCUCUUCACCCCCUUUCCCACGUUCUCUUCCUUCCCUCUUUUCACCUUCUCUCCAUCCUCUCCUCCCUUCCUCCGCCUCUCUUUUCUCUCUCCUCCUCCUCUCCACCUCUCUGCAUUCAGUCUAUGCAUCUGAGCUCGGCAGACGACACGACACCGGAUGAAUGUCAAUGAAUGACUGUUAAGAAAAUAGAUGCUGUGCUUUGUUUGAGACUGCAAAAAAACAAAAACAUCUUUCUUUCUAUCAAACGCUUAUCUUCUGCCUUCUCCAGUUCUUGCUCUCUGAGUUUUUAUACUUUUUCUUUAUCUUCCUUUUGAGUUUCCAUGCAACAUGGAAUUAACAUGGAGGAAUGAAUGAAUGGAUCUGUGCACAAACACGGAAACAGGCAGGGUUUGAAUGUGUUUCCGCAUAAAGGACUUUCGCCUUUUGGACUGUGAACGAAACACCUUGUGGUCCUUGACCCCUGACCGGCCCUCAGUUCUGGAUCCCUCUGUGGACGGUCUGAGGAUUUCUGGAUUAGCAGUGGUUCAGCUCUACCACCUGACUUAUCCUCUGCAUGGAUGGACCGUGUGGCGGGAGGAAGGAACCUUUCAUCUCUUGACUCCCUGUCUGCAAACUAUCCCUCGGUGCUAUUGAGUCAGAGCUCCCCCUGGUGGACGCAAAAGAAGGAACCACACAUAACAACAGGAGAGUUAACAAAGAAACUCCUUCACACACAUCUCUCUUCCCCACAACAGUCCUUCAGGUAUUCCAUCAUCCUGAGAAAAAAGAUGAAGAUUUUAAAAAUGCAUAAAUUAUCACCAUUUAUGAUGACUAGUCAAGUGACGCUUGUUUUAAAUAUUUAGUGAAUGAAAAAAGAUAAACCUAUAAAACUCUGUGUUUGUUUGCCUUGUAUACUGAAUUAUGGGCGUGUUGCUGCAGCGCCUGCUGUGUUUGUUUUAUUUUGUUUUAUUAUUUUUUUUAAUUUCAGCUGCCUUGGUUGUGCACACACAAACACAACCUUUUGCAAAAUUUGGCCAAAAACAACAGUACAGGUGUCAAAGAGAGCAUUCAUGUUCAAUCUGACCUGUAAAGAAAAGUUUGGAAAUCUGGUUUUACCAGUGAUGCGUGCCUCAAGUGACUCUUAUUAAACAAAUAUUAGCCCAAAUCUGCAUUCAUGCACAGGUCUGCAGAGUAUAACGGUGUUUAGUUUAGAGCUGUGUCCCUCAGAGUGAAAAAAGCUACAACAAUGAGCUGAACUAAACCCACAGGAUGGGUUCAAAACAGGGAGGGAAGAGAGAGAUGCGAAUCUGGUGUCAGGAGAGCAAGCACAUGAUGUUUCUGCACGCUUGUUGUUAAAAAGUCAUUUGCGGUGUGUUGACGCGUGCAUCUAAGAACGGGGGCGUUAAAGGCGAGGCCGCAGGGCCGGGAAGAAUGUGUCGCUUCCAGGAUCAGGAUCAACAAACCACAGUGUUGUUUGUUCCUUGAGCAAACAGAAGUUUAUCUUCAACGUGGCACGUUUGCUUCGACAGGCUUUAACAGGGAAGUGAGAGGAGGUGCAAUCACACAGAGAAACAUAUGAGGAUGAUAUGAGGAUAUAAUCAUUUAAUAUCGAGAAGAACAUGUCUCUUUUUUUGCAGUUUUUGCACAUAUUUCUAGAGGAGGGUUGCACCCGAGGUAGAACUCAUCUCAUUGGUUGGAUUAAUCAUCAAUGGGGCGGAGCCAAAGACCCCGCUGGGACAUUACUGCCAACCGUGUGCCAUACUUUUGCUACUUUUUACUUCUACUAACAACAAACUUAGUGACAAUGGGAACAAUUGGCUGUCAGUGCAUUUGAUCGAAGCCUUAGCUCCUCCCAAACACAGCAUGAGAAACUCUCGACAGCUCCUCCCAUUGGACCUUCAACCAACCAAUGAGAAUAUUUCAGCCUCAGGAGCAGCUCUGCCUGCAGGAAAUGUCUGGGACUGCGACAUAUUAUAUUGAAAAUGGGGUUUUUCUGUGAAGUGUGAAAAGAGAGCUGACACUGAGAAAUAUAUUGAAUAUUUAAUCCAUUAUCUGUUCUUGAGGAGGACAAGUGGGGAAGGAGGAAGGAGGGGAAAUGAGGGUGUAGAGCAAAGGUUUGAUUCUGCUGAAUGCGGGGAUUACCGCCACAUAUUCCAUCACAUCUCGCUUCACCUCCUCUCUCCCCCCUCUCCUCAGCUGUCGUCUGACUCAGAGGAGUAAUCACUUUAAAAGCUUCUCCCUGUCUCCUCCUCCUCCUCCCCGCAAAGCGCCGAAAGGUGUGGGAAAGCACAGAGCGCCGCAAUCGGCCGUCGAUUAAUUUGGUUUGAUUUUACAGUCGGUCUCUGCAGGCGCGGAGCAGCCAAACCUGCGAACCUGUUGCUAAGCGACGUGAAAAGACAAGGCGUGUGGAAAAGUUGUGAGUGAAGUUGGAGACUUGGAGUUCAGGCGAGGAUAAUGUUCUCGUAAGGUGUAAAUGAGGCCAAAUGACUAAUUAGCAUAAACAAAUCGAACACAUCCUCAGACUUUAGAUUUAAAAGGCAAAGUCGACCACAAGGCAAAACCAAACUAUUAUUUUACCAAUUUGUAGAGAAAUCUGCCACCACUUCUGACCCGAGAACCGAAGCGUUCCCACCAAAUGUGUGUCAGGUUACAGCCGAGAACCAGGUUUCAGAUCAGGUCUGGGCCAUUUUCUUGCGUCCAUUCAGAUAGAAUUUAUCAUGUGUUGCGAGGGCGUUCAGUGGGAAGAGGGAAAAUGAGAGUAUAGCCAAUGCAUUUGUCUGGCAGGCAAACAUUUACUAAUGUAUGAGACACUAAACUUGGAUCUUUUGGCUGCAGCUCACUGUAACGCAGUGGUUCUCAUCUCAAAGCACCAAAACAUUCAAUUUACAACCCUCCAAUGUCAAUGAUCUGCUAACUGUAAUCCACAGUUUUUUGCAAUUUUCAGAUGUGAUUUGUGAUGAGCUGCAGCUCACCUCAGAAAAUAAAACUUCAGCGGUCGUGUUGGUCAAAUGUCCCUUUUGAAAUUCGCUAAAAAUGACAAGUUUGUUCUUAAGAUGAUUAACUUUUUAAUGCUUUUUGUACGAGAGGGUGAAAGAGGGUGGAAAAGAGGAGUAAUGGUUGCAGAUUUGGGCCAAAGAGUAUCUUGCAUUUGUUUUAGGAGCGCCAGGAGGGUGGGGUUGGCUUUGGAGAACGUCAUGCUGCCCCACCCUGCUGCCAACUCCAGGCUACAUAAAACAAACCCCCGAUUUUAACCCCAGUUCAGGGGCUGUACAGGCAGCUUAUAAAGACACAGAGAUGAUAAUUAGAGAGACAUAGAGACAGAGUGACAGACAGAGCUAUUGGAAUUAUUCUAUUUUUGUUAUUCCCCAUUGAAAAAAGACAUAUUUAAAGGAAUAUUCCGUGUAUGUAUUGAAUAACCUCUGUUCCCCCCCGCCCCAUCCAGUGGUGUGAUCUGUAGCUGCGAGGUGGCGUCACACACAAACGCUUCCCUCCGCAGCUAUGCAAUGCCAAUGUGAUGAAAUUAUUAUAUCAUUAUAAAUAAAUUAUUUUUCUUGC